GUGGGUAGGUGGUGAGAAGAGAAGAGCCUGAAAGUCAGACCCUAAACAUGGCAACAAAAGUGGUUGGAAGCUUGAACUCUGCGGUGGUUGGUUAGGUAGCAGAUGAAAGCCGUGGGAUGAGAUUUCUUGGACACGCGUUGAACAGUGUCCCAACCAUGGUAGUUUCUCUCACUGCCCCCAUAAACUCUCCUCGUGGCCUCGUGUUGUGCGGCGCCGGAGAGGUUGUUCUGAAUUCAAAGCUUGGGUAGUUGCUAGCUUCCAUCCGAGCUUUGUAUCAGCUCAGCUCUAUCAUUUUCACUCUAAUUUGUUUUUUUUUUUUUUUUGGGUUGGGCAUUUUCUCUCUAAAAUAAAAAAUAAGAAAGCCUCUCUCAAAACUGGGUAUUUAUACUUAGAUCACAGCCAUAAAAACCAUUUCUUUUACUGUCACUCUGCUGAAGUUGGAAAACUUGAUAUCUUGUCACUUGGCCUCUGGUGGAUCGCCCGCAGAGCUAAUGCAGACACUCCCAAUAAUUACUUAAUACGACUUGUUGGCAAUUUUUGGUUUCUGGUUGGCUCGACCUUGAUUACUUGAUUUAUAAUUUAGAUGGCAGAAGAAGUGAUAAACACAGAUGAACAGGUCGUUCUUGGGGAAGAGAUAGACCGUGUGGGAUUAAUCACCUUGAACCGACCUCGUCAAUUGAAUGUCAUUUCAUCCAAAGUGGUUUCCCGGCUUGCAGAAUUCUUAGAGAAAUGGGAAAGAGAUGACAAGAUGCAGCUUGUGAUAAUCAAGGGAGCUGGUCGUGCUUUUUCUGCUGGUGGUGAUUUGAAAAUGUUCUAUGAUGGAAGGACAUUGAAGGACUCGUGCCUUGAAGUGGUCUACAGAAUGUAUUGGCUAAUGUAUCACAUCCAUACAUAUAAGAAAACACAGGUUGCUCUUGCUCAUGGAAUUGCUGUUGGUGGAGGUUCAGCCUUGGUGAUUCCAAUGAAGUUCUCAGUUGUUACAGAAAAGACUGUUUUUUCCACUCCAGAAGUAAGUAUCGGGUUUCACACAGACUGUAGUCUCUCAUACAUUCUUUCCCAUCUCCCUGGGUAUUUAGGUGAAUUCUUAGCAUUAACAGGAACAAGGCUGAGUGGUGGGGAAUUGGUUGCAGCAGGAAUGGCAACCCAUUUUGUCCCGUCCGAUAAAUUGCUGGAGCUUGAGAAGCGUUUGAUAAGCUUACAGUCUGGCAGCGAGAUUGCAGUUAAAUCAGCAAUUGAGGAAUUUUCUUUGGAUGUUCAGAUUGCUGAAGACAGUAUCUUAAACCAGCAGCCAACAAUUGAUGAGUGCUUUUCCAAGAAGACCGUUGAGGAGAUCUUACAAUCACUUGAAUCUGAGGCAAGAAAAGAAGGAAAUGGUUGGCUAGGUGCAAUUCUCAAGGGCUUAAAAAGAUCAUCACCAACAGGGUUGAAGAUAACACUAAAAUCAAUUCGUGAAGGUAGGAAGCAAACACUUCCUGAAUGUCUGAAGAAAGAAUUUAGACUAACAAUGAGCAUAUUGAGAACUGAAAUAUCGAAUGAUAUGUAUGAGGGUAUUAGAGCUCUAACCAUUGAUAAAGAUAAUCAUCCAAAGUGGAACCCGUCAAUCCUGAGCAGUGUGGAUGAAGAGAAGGUCAACAUGGUGUUUCAGCCAUUCAAGGAGGAUCAGGAGCUCCAGAUUCCAAAACAGGAGGAAUGCAGAUGGAAUGGAAAAUAUGAAAAUUCCGUCUAUGCAACUUCAAUGGUGCCAGAGGAACCAAAAUAAUUUUCUGCUCAGAAGCGGCUGGUUGCAGACCUUCACCCCUAGUGUUUUUUGUUCUCAUGUUUCCUGCUGAAUUGUGUUUUUGGCUUAAGCUUGCAAGGACGAUAUUAGUAUUAGAAUUUCUUAUCAUGCUUCAUCUCGCAACAGAAUUUUAGUACUUUUAUUUCCUGGGGGGUAGGGGUGAGAUGCAGAUAUGUGACUACCUAGAAUUGAAGAGUUGCAUGGUGGAUUGUAGUACAUAGAUCCAAUGAGCAUAUUUUCUCUUGAAAUUACAACUUUUGCAAUAUAUGAGAGCUUGGAAGUUUUGGUGUUGGCCUUUAAA